AUGACUGCGGAACUUCUCAGGUUUUACAGCUCCCAGGCUCCGGAUCAAGCCAACGGGCUGCUGCACAAAGUGUUCCCAGGCUCGAUCGUCAAUGGACAUAACCACUCCGCAAUGGCUACCCCAGCCUCAGAUCCCGCAUUGGUGGCUCUUGCACAGUUAGGGACCUACCGCCUAGGGUGUACUAUCGCCUUUGUUUCGCUGGUCGAUAACUCAGAGACGUAUAUUAUCGCCGAAGCCACGCCGUCGGGCUCACGGUGCGGGAACAAGACAUCCGUGAACGGUAAUACGAUAGGUAUGAGCACUCUAGGUCUGGGAAAGAAUGCAAUCCAAGGCACCCGUUCUUCGAACAUCAUCAGUGAUGGCCUCAGUACCAUCAUUCGUGAUGUUAGUAUGGAAGCAAAUCUGGCGUCUCAUCCUUUCGUGGAACGAUUUCGGCCCAGGCUAUACGCGGAGGUUCCAUUGACAGCAUCAUGUGGAGAAGUAAUUGGAACAUAUUGUGUUGUGAACAAUAAGCCUUGCCAUCAUUUUGGUGCAGGUGAAUUGGCAGAACUGCAGGAUGUUGCCAACGCUGUUGCGAGUCACCUUGAGAAUGUCGGGGCAAUACGGCGUUAUCGCCAAAACGACCGAUUGCUAGGUGGGCUCAUGAAGUUCGUCAAAGGCCAAUCACCAACUGAGAACGACGGUUGGAAGAGCCGGAGGAAAAGUACGGCGGCGGGCAGUCUUGUAUCGCCCCGUUCAUCGGAAGUGCCAAAUUCGCCUCGUUCAUCUGAAGUCCCAGAGAUCGACCGCCUCUCCGUGUCAACAACCGAUAUUCGCGAUGUCUCACCAUCUUCCACGCGACAUCCACCACCACAACCUCCAGAAUCCCCUUUCUUCCAGAUACCAGCCUUUGGAACUAAUAAUUCAGUGCCAAAUGGGAUACAUCAGCGACAUGUGAGGAAAAGCUCUGAUGAAACGAGCAACCUCGUCAUGGGGCCAGAAAGCACUCCCAUUUCUGACAAAGCUUCCAUACUCUUUUCUCGUGCAAGUGGGCUACUGCAGGAAUGUAUGGAUUUAGAUGGGGUUCUCUUUGUGGACGCGUCACGCAGCAACACUCGGGGUGAAUCGACCGCCAGUGUCGGAGAGUGGGACAAGGAAAGUGACUCCGGGUUUUCUCUCCGCUCACCUAGUGUAUCGUCCUAUGGCGGCUGGUCUGAAAAGCAGUGUGAACCUCUUGGGGUAGCCUCGUCUGAGCGUGCCCUGGGAAACACCGCCAGCAUGUUUAGAAUUCCUUUGACAGAAGGUCUGCUACAUGACAUGUUCACUGCCUUUCCGCAGGGCGAAAUAAUUCACCCACAUCUGGCUUCCGGCUGGCCAGCCCUGAGUUCGUUGCAUCAGCGCAGGCAAAGUAUACAAAGCAACCAGGGUGAGAUCCCUCUGCGGCACUCUAUCAGCACCCGAUUGGCACACAAUUAUCCGGAGGCCAAGUCUAUGAUCUUUCUUCCGUUGUGGAACUGGAACAAAUCUCGCUGGCUUGCAGGAACACUUGUUUGGACCUGCGAUGACCAGAGGCAACUCGGCAAGGAUGAUCUGCACUUUCUCAGGUCCUUCGGGGAUACAAUUGUUUCUGGGUUCUGCCAGAUAGAAUGGACGGCUACAGAGAAGUCAAAGUCAGACUUGCUGGCAUCAGUUAGCCAUGAGCUUCGCUCCCCGUUGCAUGGCAUGCUUGCCAGCACAGAGCUUCUGCAAACUACGUCUUUGGACACCGCCCAACAGGACAUGGUCGCCAUGGUAGAAACAUGCGGUCUCACGCUAUUGGACACGAUGAAUCACCUGCUCGAAUUCACGAAAAUCAAUAACCUUACCCAUCUGCGCAAAAGAGGCGGUUCAAAUGGUGAAGGGAUGGAUAAUCUGUUGACCGAAUUUGACUUGGACGAAAUUGUGGAAGACGUGACUGAUGCCUUAUACGCAGGCCACCGGUCUCUCAUCAAGGCUGCGAAGGUGGCCAGUCGCUACCUACCAGGUGGAUCUGCCGUAGGUAACAGGCCUACUGGUGCACCACAAUCGCAAACCGAUGAUCUGUCGGUGAUCGUUCGGAUUGAAGACUUGGGCUCAUGGCACCUGCAGUCACUCUCUGGUGCAUGGAGGCGGAUCAUUAUGAACAUCCUGGGGAAUGCAUUCAAAUUCACGAGAACCGGCUUCAUUGAAGUCUCCCUGGCGAAGAAGGUGGAAAGGUCCGGCUACACAAAGAAGACUCUAGCCCACCUGUCAAUAACGGACACUGGCUGUGGGAUCUCGCCAGACUUUCUGGAACACCACCUCUUCAAACCAUUUGCGCAGGAGAGCAUUUUGACAGAGGGUGUUGGAUUGGGUCUGAGUGUAGUGAAACAGCUGGUGACAUACCUGGGCGGCGAAGUGGAGGUAAAGAGUGAUGUAGGGGUUGGUACGCAAAUGGACGUGUACAUUCCCGUGGAGUUCGUGGAAGACACCUCCGCAAUGGAUUGUGGUGCCCCGGGAACGCGGACAAUGACCCGGGUGUCUUUGGUGGGCCUCAACGCAUACGCAGACCUCAAAGAAGCACCAAGUGGUCUUUUGAGCACAGAAGCGAAGCGUAAGCUGUCGCUAAGAGGUGCACUCAGCAAUGUGUUACUGAGCCAGCCUGGGUGGAUGGUAUCUUUCGCCGAUCACCUAGACAAGGCAUCCGGAGAUAUUGCCGUCAUCGAGGAAUCUACGUUAAAAGCCCUCUCGGAAAGGGGGUUCAUCGACGUGAAAUUUAAGGCUGUUGUGGUCAUUGGCGAACAGGGCGUCACACUCCCCGGAGAAUUCGCCAUCAAAGGGCCUGAUGUGUUCUAUGUUCCCCAGCCGAUUGCACCUCGCAAGAUUUUGCAAGCUUUACAGCGGAUUACAGACUCGAACCAAGGGCUUUCAUAUGCGGAAAGCCCCAUUUUAGGCCCCCUUUCCGGUGUCCCGGUCCGAGGCCGGAGCUUGUCUGAUGCGUUUGCUAUGGCGAAGGGCACGGAAUCGCCACCCGUGGUUCGAGAAAACGUGUCUGAAUUUGCCCCAUCGCCUCCGCGAGAAUCUAUCAGCAAGAACCUCCACGUCUUGAUUGUGGAUGACAAUGAUAUCAACCUUAAGAUCCUCGCUACCUUCCUACGAAAGAUCGGCUGCAGUUAUGAAACAGCAUCCAACGGCCUAGCUGCAUUAGAAAAGUACAAAAGCUCUACAAAACCUUUUGACUAUAUCCUCAUGGAUAUCUCAAUGCCAAUUAUGGACGGAAUCGUCUCCUCGAGUAAGAUCCGCGAAUACGAAGAACAACAUUCGCUCCCACGAGCGGCCAUCAUGGCGGUUACCGGUGUAGCCUCGAGCGAGAUGCAACAGCAGGUCUUUGCAGCAGGCAUUGACGACUACUUGGUGAAACCUCUUUCACUUCACGACCUGAAACGAAUAAUGAAUAUUGCAUGA